AUGGCGCCGACUGGGACAAUGUACUACCACCUUUGCUGCACACACCCUUACCUUGGUUUUUAUGUCACGCUAACAUUGGAAGACCUCUACCGCGUCAUGGAAGACGGGACGCACACUCAAUAUCGUCUCGCCGCAAUCGAAAGUCUCCUUCCGCCUCACAGCGAGGGGCCUGUGUUCCAUUUCCACGAAAUGCACGAUGAGGGGUUCUACGUUACGAAAGGGACAGUCCGCUUCCACAGCCCCGGCCGUGCCGACGUCGAUGCCAAAGCCGGCGACUUUAUCAUUGUUCCUAUCCGUCUGCCUCAUCGAUUCAGUAACCCGUUCGAUGAGGAAGCUGUUUUUAUGAACACAGCUACACCGGGAUUUUUUGUGAGGUAUUUUGAGUAUCUCGAAUAUCUGAUUGGCGAGGGCACGGUGCUUACGCCGGAAAUCAACAAGGCCGCGUUGAGAAGGUUUGCGACUGUGCCGGUAAGUAAGGAGGAUGUGUCAAGGUUGGAAAUGGAGGGGAUGAGGAAUGAGAGUGUAACUGAGUCUGAAACUGAGGGGGAGAGGUAUGUCGAUAUGUUGGUCGAGGAGAGGAAAGGCGCAUAG